AUGGGCACCCCGGCGGGCAGCCACCUCUACGUGCGGGUGCCGCGCCUCCCCGAGCCGCCCCGGGCCUCCUGGCUGGGCACGGCCGCGCUGGGCCUGGGCCUGGGCGCCGUGGCGCUGGGGCUGGGGCUGGGCGCCCUGGCGCUGGGCAAGGGCCUCUGGCGCCGGGUGCUGCGCGGGGGGCGCCGGCGGCAGGUGGGCACCGUGGCCGAGCUGUGGAUCUACCCGCUCAAGUCCGGCAAGGGCGUGGCGGUGAGCGAGGCCGAGUGCACCGCGCUGGGGCUGCGCUGUGGUCACCUGCGGGACAGGUUCUGGCUAGUGAUCAACGAGGCGGGGACCAUGGUGACCGCCCGCCAGGAGCCGCGCCUGGUGCUGGUGUCCCUGACCUGUGAGGGCGACACGCUGACCCUCAGCGCAGCGUACAUGCAGGACCUGCUGCUGCCCAUCGAGACGCCUGCCACCAACCCCGUGCUCAAGUGCAGGGUGCACGGCCUGGAGAUCCAGGGCCAGGACUGUGGCGAGGCGGCGGCCCAGUGGAUCACCAGCUUCCUGAAGGCCCCGCCCUACCGCCUGGUGCACUUCGAGCCUCACAUGCCGCCCAGGAAGCCCCACCAGAUAAAGGACGCGUUCCGGCCCACAGACCAGAUCGCGUACUCGGACGCCAGCCCGCUCCUGCUCCUGUCGGAGGCUUCGCUGGCGGAUCUCAACUCCAGGCUGGAGCGGAAAGUCAAGGCAAUGAACUUCAGGCCCAAUAUCCUCAUUUCGGGCUGCGGCGAGUAUGCAGAGGAUUCGUGGCACAAACUUCUCAUCGGGGACGUGGAGCUGAAGAGGGUGAUGGCCUGUUCCAGGUGCCUUCUCACCACUGUGGACCCGGACACGGGCGUCAUGAGCAGGAAGGAGCCGCUGGAGACCCUGAAGAGUUACCGCCUGUGUGACCCUUCCGAGCAGAAACUGUACGGAAAAUCGCCUCUCUUUGGACAGUACUUGGUUCCGGAAAACCCAGGGACGAUCAGAGUGGGGGACGCCAUCUACCUGCUGGACCAGUAA